AUGUCUGGGUUACCGAACCUCACACCAAUAAGAGUGGAGAAGGUCGCACCUCAAAUAACAGAAGUUUCUGAAGCUCAGAACAUAACGGUUGUGUCACGUUUAUCUUCCCAUAAAGGGGUUCAGUACACUCGCCCAACUCAUAACUUUAUUACUACCCCUCCUCGAGAUUCGGUUGUUUCUACUGGCUCUGUUGUUGUGAUUCGACCAAUUGGCAAUGCUUCCACUCCAAUAAAUGUAACUACUGCAGCUUCUUCAACAGGUCUAAAAAUCACUCCUAUUGUUCCCUUAAAAAUAUCCUCGAUUCAAUCCACAUCAAAUGUAUCUCGUUCAAAUUCCAUACCAACUCAACUACGAAAUACUGCGGUGUCAUCCUCUGCAAGGGCGAGCAACCUCAUUACUCAUUCUGUUCGUCCUCAAAAUGUUCAGUCAGGAAGUACUGCACUUAAUGAUGUCUCUGAGAAACUCAAAACCAUUGAUGAGAAACAAACGUCUCAACGUAAUGUUAUCAGAGAGAUGCAGGUUAGAGUUCCAAACAAGAAGGACAAAAGAUUUAGUGUAUUGCGUUUCCAUGCAGCUGACAGGCUUGAUUUAUCAUCAGCCCCUGAAGUUUUUAUGCAACGUGAAAAUAAUCUUAAGGCUUAUCGGAGUUUAUACAAUACAACCGAAAUGCCAGACACUGGUGCUGGUAGUGAAUUCGGCCGCGAAGCUAAAGAAGAGGCAAGAUUAAAAAAAUUUGGUGUUGUACGAGAAAGUUAUAAGCCAGAUGAUCAACCUUGGCUAAUGACGGUUGGAAAAGGCAAGGCUAAUCGCCGUCGUUUUAGAGGAGUUCGAGAAGGUAGUGUGUCAGAGAAUGUCGAAUAUUUUGUAUUUUGCCAGUGCAAAGAUGGUAAUUUCGAUGCUUAUCCGGUAAAUGCUUGGUACAAGAUGAAACCGGAAAUAAGUUAUCGUUUUCUUCGAGAAGAUGAAGCUGAAGCAGAAUAUAGCCGCCUACACAAAACUCUCAACUUAUUUAACGUUAUGGUUAAACGGAAACUCACCGAUAACGUUAGCGACGAUGAAACAAACAUGGAUCGAGAAAUUUCGAAGGGAUUAAAGUUUCUAACUUCCCUCGGAGACUCCAAUUCAAAUCAGCGAAAUUCAACAGAAGUAAAAACUAAGGAUCUGAAGCCUGAAAACACUUUAAAGCUUACUGAUUUGGAAGAAUUGGACAGUGGUAGUGAGGCUGAUGAUGACGAUGAUGAAGAUGAUCUGGGUGAUGAUAAUCGCUUGAAAAAUCCGAACGCCGAUCCACUCAAAGCAGAAGAAGGCCCAAGUUCUAGUAAAGGGAAAGGUCUCUUGUUUGAAGAUCCUGAUGAUCGUAAUAAAGGUGGAUCUAAAGGUGGUUUACUAAAGACGUCCGAACGCACUCGCCUUGCUAAAAAGAAGCAGCGUGCAGCUGCUAUUGUUACAAAAAUGAGACGUGGUGUUAAAAGGCGUAAACGAAAAGCUAUUAAUAUGGGCUCCUCCGAUGAAGAAGAUGAUCCAGACGAAGAAGCACAAGAUGAGAGUGAAUUAGACGAUCACGAAGGAGAUGAGGUAGAUUACAUGACUAAUUCAUCAUCAGAUGAAGAGAAAUUAUCUAGUGAAGAACGCGAGAAAAUAUAUGAAGAAACUGGGGUUGAUGAGGAAGUCGCCCUGAAAACUCUGCUUACUGACAUCAGUAGUGAAGAAGAGGAAAAGUCUGAAGAUGACAUGCAAGACGUAGAGGAAAAUCCACCUGUUGAUGAUGAGGAUAAUAUCUUUUCUAAGAGACGUAGUGAAAUAGAUGAUAUGACAAAACCUCAAAGAAAUGAUUUCCAAAAGGGUACAAAACAUUCAAUAUCCAUUCAUAAAUCAGAUGAUAGAUUAGAGGCCACUGCAAAAUCUCAUCGUAGUCAUAAAAAACGUCAAGACAACGACAAUGACAGUGGAUCAUCAUCAAGUUCGAGUUCUUCAUCGGCUGAUGAUUCUUCUACAUAUUCUUCAUCUGAUUCCGACCUUGACAACCGGCUUAAAUCAAUACAGAAAAAUGCGAAAAAAGCUGAAGUGUUGCAAAAACUCUCAGAAACCAUUCAUGCACCUUCACUUUCAUCUGGAAUUAAUAGUGGUAGCAGUCCAAUUGACAAUCAACCAGUAAGCUGUGGCAAUAAUUCAAAUUUAAAACGUUUACCUACUGAUUUAUCUGCAUCUGUUAAUUCAGACACCUCAGCAGAUUCACCCGCUGCAAAAAAAUUGCGAAAUGACACACCAUCUGGUACAUCAACAAUUUCAACUGACAAUGAAUUAGUAAAUACUGUACGUAAAUACUUAAUGAGAAAGCCUAUAACAGUUCGAGAAUUAUUAAAGAAAAUUCGUCUACGUAAAUUGGUUGGUAAAAAUGAAGAUGCACAAACAGUAUUGGCUAAUGUAUUACGUCAGCUGAGACCUAUCAAACAGACAAUUAAUGGACAACACGCUUUAUCUUUAAAACAUUAA